AUGUUACGUUAAUAAUCUAAGAUCUUGUUGAUACUGUUUAAUUCUUGCGCGUUUGAGUUUCAGUGGGUAUCACUAACUCAAAUUUUAUAAUUGAGACAUGAUUCAUAAAUAUUUAUAUCUAGCAUGAUUAUUUUAUUCUUUAUUUCUCUUAUUACAUUUGUGAAUUCCCUAUCAUUGAAAUCUGUUCUUAUGGCAAUAGAUUGUGGAGGAUAAGAAUCAUUUAAUUCAAAAGAAGGAUUUCUUUAUUAAGAUGAUUAAUAUUUUAGUGGGGAUUCAAGAGUCUCUGAUUACACAUAUAAUGAUGUUGUUUAUGAUGGAAUUGCGUAUACAUUUACUCCAAAAGUUUAUUUUACUGAAAGACACGGCAGCUCAUUUGAUUAUAGCUUACCAAUAAAUAAGAAUGGACAAUACACAAUAAUAUUGUAAUUUGUAGAAUUAUACUUUUAAAAUGAGGGAGAAAGACAAUUUGAUAUCUAUAUUGGAACUAAAAGAGUCAUACAAAAUUUAUCUAUUAUUGACAAAAAGCAUUAAAAGGGAUCUGCAAAGGAAGUGUUCAUUUACAUUGAAAUUAAAUAAGACACAGUUUUCCACAAUGAUGAAGAAUGCACCAAAGGAUUCAUUAAUGGAAAAUUGAAAAUUGGAUUUAGAAAAGGAGCUGCUGAUUUACCUAAAGUCGAUGGUAUCGUGAUUGUCAAAGGUCAUAAUGCUGGAGAAGAAGAAAAAAAGCACUUAAUUGAUAAUUGGGAAUAAAUGUUAGAAGAAAAUAGAAAAAAGGAAGCAGAAUUAUAGAGAGCAGAACUAGAGGCUUAAAAUAUGAUUGUACCUGAUUCAGUUGAUCCAGAAGAAGGGGAAGGGUUAAUUUCAUUCUUAUUGUCACCUAUUGGAAUAGGAAUCAUAAUUUUUGGAAUGUUUGUUUUUGGAUUGCUAAUAUUCACAGGUGAAAAUGAAGAUUAAAAAAACAAAAAGAAAAAUAAGUCAAAAUGAUUAUCGUAUUAGUAAAUAUAUGUAAGCAGAGUAGAUAUGCAAUUAUGUAAUACUUUU